AUGGUUUCAGAAGAAAAGCGCAAGGCAAUUAUUGAUAUGGCCGACUUUGCCACCUCCAUGUUCCUCUACAUCCUCGCCGAGCACGAAGACUCUUCCACACCAGCAAGUUGCGACCCCACCCACAAGCCCUCUCGCCGUCGGAAACACACGGACAUGGUCAAACCUAUCGUAAAGUUCCGCACGUUCUGCGUCCAAGUCCUUUGGCAUACUCGCAGAUCUCCUAGCACCAUCAUCCUCUCGCUCCGAUUCCUCCACCAAAUUGUGAGCAACCUCAGGGACAAGAAUAAGCGCCUGACCAGUAAAAGGAGAUACGAGAAGCGCUUCUUUAUCGGAGUCCUGAUCCUCGCCGACAAGUUCCACAACGAUGGCUCGCUCAACAACGACUGCUGGUCCUGGCUCACAGGGAUCAGCAUGGGCAAGAUCCGCUCGAUUGAACGGCAGUUCCUCGAGAUUCUCGACUACAAGGUCUUUGUCUGCGCCGAGGAGUACACUGAGUGGCUAGCCUGUCUUGUGAGCAUGACGAAACGACAUAUGCCCACCCAAAUAUCUGUUGCUUUAAAGCAACAAUCCAUCGCCGCUGCCUCAUCCAUUUCACCAAUCGACCACACUACCACUACCAAAGAACCCACUCCAUCCAUACCCAAGACUACUACUACCAAAGAACUCACUCCAUCCAUACCCAAGACUACUACUACCAAAAAACCCACUCCAUCCAUACCCAAGACUACUACUACCAAAAACCCCACUCCAUCCAUACCCAAGACUACUACUACCAAAAAACCCACUCCAUCCAUACCCAAGACUACUACUACCAAAAACCCCACUCCAUCCAUACCCAAGACUACUACUAAGGUCGUUUCGCCAACACCACCCGUCAUCCAGCAGGAUCAGGGAUCGUCCAGGAGGUCGGACAAGGCUAGCGGAAGUAACCGUCAUCCUCAUCUAUACUCCCAGAAGGACGGCCAGAGUCAGGGGAUUGAACAGAGCAAUAGCUCGAAGGCCCCUAUUUUGAAGUCAACUGGAAGAGCAGCAAAUUCAGCAGCAACAGCGAUUGUGGCAGGAGGAAAACGCACAGAGAGACUUGCAAGUGCAAGCUACACCUCCAAAGCAGCAAGCGCAGCUGCAAGACACCCUACUAAAGCAACAACCACAUCGAACGUCCCUCGGCCUACGAAUCCUGCACGCCCCUAG